CGCAAAUCAUUUUUUUUAGACACACGCUGUGAAAUCACAAUGUUCACGCACACGGGAAACUGGGCGGCGCCCGCAUAUAAAUUCUCGGUCAAAGCGAUUCUCUGGUCCUGCGUUUUUCAUCUGCUUCCACCUACAGUUGUCUGCACUUGUGCCAAUCCGACACAGAAACCAUGCCUUCAGACCUGGAAUCUUCCAUGCAGUCCCUGAUCACAGUGUUUCACAAAUAUGCAUCCAAGGAUGGCGACCAGUACUUCCUCAGCCGUUCCCAGUUCAGGACCCUGGCGGAGUCUGAACUGGCUAACUUUCUCAAAAGCCAGAAGGAUCCCUGUGCAGUAGACACGAUCAUGAACAGCCUGGACAGCAACAGAGAUGGUCGGGUGGACUUCAAUGAGUAUGUGUCCCUGGUGGUGGGACUCUCCGUUGCCUGUGAGCAGUGCUUCCAGAUGCACCUGAAGCAGAAUAAGCCCUCUGCCGCAGCUAAAAAGUGAAGUAGGAUGGGUGGAAAAAGCGCAUCCACAUUGUAGGAAACCAAAUAAACGUUGACUGUCCUCAGA